CUAAAAACUUGAGUCAUGUGUAGUCAAAGCUUAGUCGCCUUUUCCAUGAAAACCGGCUGGAGAGCUUCACUGAUGGCUAGCGCUUCUGCUGUAAGUGCAGAUUCAACAACCGGACGAGCCGCAGAACCUUUAAUCUCGGUGGCAGCAAGAUACUGGAGUGCACCAAUCAUUUAUCCACUGAUCCAAAUUGUUUGGAGAAUCUUCAGCGUGCAGAUGCAAUCAAAUAUUUUGAUCCCUAACCUGGUGCUUAAGGAUGGGAAUCUUGUUUAUCAGAUCCAUCACGAGGUGCUUAGUGCACUAUUCAAUCUUUGCAAGAUAAACAAGAGGAGGCAAGAACAAGCGGCUGAGAACGGAAUCAUACCACACCUGAUGAUUUUCAUCAUGUCGGACUUUCCUCUAAAAAAAUAUGCAUUGCCACUCCUAUGCGAUAUGGCUCAUACGUCUCGGAACUCAGGAGAGCAGUUAAAAGCCCACGGCGGUCUAGACAUGUACCUGAGUUUUCUAGAUGAUGAGUAUUGGUUAGUGAUAGCCUUGGAUUCGAUUUUUGUUUGCUUGGCGAACGACAAUGACAACAGCCAUAAGGUGGAGCAUGCGUUGCUUGAGAACGAUGCAAUUCAGAAAUUAGUUAACUUCUUCCAGAACUGUCCGGAGAGACACUUUGUGCACAUACUCGAGCCGUUCUUGAAGAUCAUUAUGUAUGUAACUCUCCUCUUUAUAAUAAAGAUUAUCUACCAUUCCAAAAUGAUCUUUUACAAGUCAAGUUCUUAAAUGCAGGAAAUCAUCACUAGCUAUCAAUGUAUUGAGACCACCAAGAUGCUAUUGCUUAGACUCAAUCUUCUGAAGCUAAUCAAGGUUUUUAUAAGUCAUAUAUUAUCCAAGUUCUUGCUACCCUGGGGACUGUACCUUUACUCCCAAUUUUAAUAGUAGAAUUCACCAAAAGUGUAUCUUUCUUUUUGUGUAACUUAACCACUUCGUAUUUUAAAUUUAUUAAAUGCUUUCACUGAUGAUGGUUCUGAUUAUGAUUGAAAAAAAGACAAUUCGUAAUUGUUAGCUUGUAAUAUAUUCAUUCAACUUAGUACUUUCUUGUAAGAUUUUUUCGGUGAUAUGGAUGUUGGUUACAUAUUCUUCUAGGUAUGCGCUUAGAGAACUACUAUGAAACACAAAAGUAGGCCAUCCGUAUCCACUUUGUGUCAAGAGUCUCCAUCUACAAGCUCCACUGAUACAGAGUCAUUCAAGAACCAACCGAAAUCACUAACUGGCCCAUCAUCAAUGGCACUUCUACUUUAGUAAUUGUAAGCACUUUCAUUAAGUUAAUUGCUUGAUAUAGAUUCCAGACCGUGCUAUUGGCACUUUCAUUAAUAUUUCCUAAGAAGAUAAUGUCGAUUUUUGUUUUUAGAGUUACAAGUCCCGUUGAAAAUCAUACACUAUCUUUGGUUAUAUAGUCAUGCUUGCUGUUCGGUUUUGGUUCAAGAACUCGCAGGCUCAAAUGCUUUUAUUUGACAAGUUCACUAUGGAGAUAUCAGCUAAAAAUACAGCAAGAAUAAAUGUGAACCUAUAACAUUGGAGCGUAUCUCUAUAGUCAACAAAUAACAGAGAUUACUCAAGCAGAUAGGAUCUUUAUUAUACGCACAAAUAAAAUCCUCAAAACCACACUUUUAGAAUGAAUCUAAAAAAGCUUUGAAGAAGAACUAUGUGCGAUCCCCGAUUCAAGAUUUAAUCUAAAUUUCUGGAAAACAAAGAAAAGAAAAACUGUGGAAUGUGCAAAAUCAAGAACAAUGAAAAAACUUUAAAAACAAAAGGUGCUCAGGAUUUGAAUGAAUGGUUGGGAAGUAUUUCUCCUCAAGAAAAAUUUCAGAUUAACGAGAUUACAUAAACCCAUCAUCACUGCACCAUCUUUGCUAGUUAAAACAAAACAUUCAAGAAAACAUACUGAAUCUAAGGAAGAUGAAAACGCAGCUCUUAUGUAGGGUUUGUAGAUGUUAACCUUAUUUAUAGGUGUCGCGUUAGGUUUCCACGCGUUUACUCGAUGUAAUGGGCCUUUUGCCUUCGUUUGGGCCCAAUAUUCUGUGUUAGUGAGCGUGAGGCCUAGAGUCUAUCGCUGCUCCAAAAAAAAUAACUAGACAAGAUUUUCUUUAAGACAUCACAUAACUAACAAUCUUGGGAUGAAUACAUGUACGAUUGGGACAUCAAACAUACGUUGUAAUUUGUAGAUUACGUUUGUAUCCAUGUUAACGUGGGACUGAAACUCGGCAAACGCACAAUUAAACUAAGAAAAGCAGAACUGUACCUUUAGAUGAUUACUCAAAUCAAAGUUCAUUUGCGUUUGCAAAUGCACUGAAACAAUUGAGGAUUAUAAUUUUUGUUUUUAUCUAGAGAAAAGAUAUCUGUUAUACAAAUUGUAAGAAAGAAAAAAAAAACAAAAAGUGAGCAAAUAAUUGAGACCUAGAUAGCUAUAGCUGCUCCGAAUUUCUUAUGUAGUAAGUUAUAUUCAGCCAAUCAUAACAAAAGUUGUAUUCAUAUUUAGCUUUUGCUUAAUAGGAUUGGUUUCCUUCCAUCAACAUUCUAGUGUGUCAUCAUCCACUCUUCCUUUCACUAGCAGGCCGUAAAGAUGAAUACGGAUAAAAUAAACUUAUGAAUAUAGAGAACAUUCUGGAAAGAAGGGGCAAUUAACAAAAGCAAAAUAUUAUUAAUCAAACCAAAAAUAGUGGCGUCCACUUCCAAAAGCUUUACAGGGCAUUCCUCGAAGCCACAAGCAUGAACUUAGAAAAAAAAAAACUAAAAGUAUAUAUGGUCCCAUUGCUUCUGUGCAUCUCACAUGGCUUAACAUGCUAGUGUCUGAUACCUUCCCAUACUCCGAAUAUAAACCUCUUGUUUAUUCUAUACACUUAGUUGGUAGUUUGUGUUACUGUUAGGUUGGUCUGAAACUUAGCUAGUGUAAAAUUAAUCGGAUAGGUCUUUGACACAAAUUAGGUUACGUUUCAACUUUUAGCUAGUUAUAUGAAAAUCAGUAUUGACUAGUUUAUUUUUGUACGAUUUACAUUUACUCCCACUUUUGAGUUUAAUUUCAAAGGUUGAUAUAUUUAAGGUUGCAAGGAGAUUCCUCUCAUUGUUGUUGCCACCGUUUGGAGUUUACUUUUUUUUUGUUAUAUUCUGUUUUGAAAAGUUAUUCCACUAGAAUAUUAUUGGGUAAUCUCCGAGGCCAUAACAUGAUAUGUUGAUGAUAACAACGAUGAUAGUAACCACACAUUACAACGGUACCACUCGAAGAUGUGAGGUAUUAUCAUUUGUGCGGACUUUGUGAAUCCCAUAAGCUUAUAUGGUAGCAAUAAUUACGAAACAUGUAUAAACACAAACAAUCUCAUGCAAUUACAUCAAAACCCAUAAUGUAUAGCAGUCCAGAUAUUAGAAGCAAUAACAAAAGAACUCAUACGAUAAAAAUAAACAGAAGUAAAGGUAAAACAAAGUAUCAAACCUAACUCUAUAUCGUAUGUAGAGAUCGGUUUAGAAGAGAAACCCAGAUGCCAAAGCAACAACAGAU